UGGGGGUGUUGGGGUAACCACAGCGCCGCUGAUGUAGGGAGGAGAGCAGGGGAGAGGGGGGAGCUGAAACACAUGAGAGGAUAACUGCCUGUUUGCUCACUCUUGUCGUCUUGCUCCCCCUCCUGUCCGUUCACUUCCACUCGCAGCGCUCCAACCGCCAGGAAGCCAGCUCCCAGGGAUGCCCACCAAGGUCCCCACGUGAAGGGGAGACCGAAGCGGGGAGGGUGUGGGCGGGGGACGGAGAGCGAAAGAGAGACGGGAGACAUCCGGAGGAGGACGGAAGAAGGCGGCGGCGGGAAUAACGAGCAACGCCGGAGGGAUGCGAGGACCGGAGGAGGAGAGAGAUGCGGAGUUUCUACUGUAUUGAGCCACAAGGAAAUGACUCGGUGAAAGAAGGGCCAAAAGAAGAAAAGAGCUUUGAAGGGGAGGGCAAUAAAAGCAAGAAAGUGAGAGCCACAAAAGCUGAAUGACGCAGGGUGUGAUGGAGAGCCAAGCGGGUCCGGUCUAUAACUUGGCCGUCCUUCCUUCUGAUGGCCCGGAGGACAACACAAUUGGAGAGGUCCAACAGCCAAUGUGAUGGACACAAAACUGAAGGACAGGUUGCAUCCCCCAUGCUUAUUCGCUUGGAAUCUUUCUCGCAGAUGAAUGGGGAGCGAGAGCAACAGAAGACAUGCGGCAGUUUGAAGAACAUUUAGACUGCAUGCAUUUAUUUUUCUACAGGUAAAAGAUAAAGGACUUUAUUCUCUUUCUUUUGAUCUUUCAUCAUCUCGACCUGUGAAUAUGACUUUUCCUUGGGUUAAAGACAAGGGAUAACCUGUGCACGAGCCCAAAAAAAAAACCCCAAAACAGUUAUUUCAAAGGACAGUCAACAACAACUCCGGAUCUCUUGCUGUAUUAAUGCCGAUAAAUCAAAUGGAAAUUCAAUUUCCUUGGUGAUGCACUGAUACGCCCGGGCCUUUUGCGUCAGAUCCGACUGCCCGCAGAGUUGUUGGAUGUUGGGGGAGAGCGAGUGGACAAAGCAAUGGUGAGCAAAGAGCCCAACCUCUUGCUGACGGGCCAAACCAACGGCAAAAGUGCCCUGGUAGAAAAAACCGGGACAAUGACUGUGCGUUCUGUGCUUCUCAAUCGGGACUCCCCGGAUAUUGAGAGCCGCCUGAGGCGGCGCCGCAACCGCACCCACCAGGUCCGCUUUAAAGACCUGGAGGAUGGCAGCAGCAGCAGCGGCAACAGUGGCACGGGUGAGAACAGCAGCCAUCAGAGGCCGACGGCAGAUUGCGACAGUCCUCAUCCUCUGCGCAAACACAGCAGCAGGUCCCCCAAGGGACUGUGGGGGGAUCGGGAUGGACCACGAACCGGCGGCCUACCUGGUCAGACCUCUGUGGUAGGGGCGGUGCGUGGUGACAUGGCGAGUACAAUAGAGGUUGUGGCCGCUUUCUUGGCCAGGGCCCCUCCCCAUCCACUGACGCCAGGGCCCACACGUCGAUGCUGGGCACCGCCACAGACUAACUCCUUGACCUUGCCAAUGACGCGCAAGCCAAGCACCAGCACAGCCAUCCAGACCUCGCCAUGCCUGAAAAAGUCUCUCUCCUCCACACACACCCGUAGUCACAGCUUGGGAGAUUCUUUGGGCAUAGACGGCGAUGAUGAACACGACUCCCAGGAUGAGUACCUUUCACACAACCACGUGGCCCUCCUUGGCUCCAAGGAUCUGAAUUGUCCUGAAGGGCCCGUGGAUCGAACUGUGAUUGAACGGAGGUCGAAAUCCUCCAAGGUGGACAUGAAAUCAACCGUCGCCGUCACAAAAAACUCCAGGCACAGUUGUCCUCCAUCAGUCCUUCACAACACCGAGCCAUUCCACUGCACUACCCCAUCCUGCCGAGAUGGCCCCAAGCGGCAGGGCAGUGUUACUCCCUCGCUGGUCAGGAGGAGAAAGCGUCUGAAUCGGACAACGAGCGAUCCUGGAAAAGAAGUGCACUAUUGCACCACUCCUACUCAGACUGAAAGCCCUCAUUCCACACCGCCGGCUACAAACGCCAGACUUUGCGUUUCGCGAGUUCAGAACGAGUGCACGUCUGCCCGUUUAAAAUAUUGUACGACACAAAGUCAAACGGAGGACAAACAACAGUCUGAAGUCCGGAUUCAAAACAAAGACUCCAAUUCGACCAUCCCUUUAGAUAUUGCUCAGCGCACCACUCAGAUACAAACAGACUCUCUCUUGCCUUUGCCUCCAGACCAUCAACCAUCCCGGACACAAACCUCUAGCCCGAGUCCUUCUCCGCCUCCACCACAAUCGACAAAAAACUCAGAUCACUUUCAAGUUGAGAGUCCCGUGCCUCCGAAUGAGAUACAGGACCCUCCCCCCUCACAAAUACCUACCGUGCCUUACUCGACAUCUCCGCCCCCCACAAGGGCACCAACACAGAGCCCUGAUGAAUGCAAAGAGCCAUCUUGCUCCUCGUCAAUCGAGCCGGCUCGUGUGCCCCCCCCAACUCCCUCAGCGCCGCUGCCCGUUUCUUGCUCUGCACCCACUGUGAUCCCGCAGCCCAUCUCAUACUAUACUCACGUUACACCGUCGGCGUUUGCCAGUGCACCGUUCGUCCACUCUGAUCCAUUGCCAGCAACACCAGCAUGCCCUACUGCGAACUGCGCCUCCCCCGUCCCAAACACGACAUCCCCAAUUCCCCUCACCUGUCUGACCCCUUCUCCUGCACAUAACCCCGGUGGGGCUCCAUGUGACGCCAUAAACCAAACCAGUGCUCAACCACAGCCGCCAAAUGCCUAUCCGGCUCCAAAUCCAACACCGUGUACAAUCGUGACACAAGCCGCUUUGUCUUGCACCUCCAUUUCUUAUUACACGACAACCCAUGCAGCAGACCCUAACCACAAUCCUACUAGCCCUACGCGUACCACCCUUAUCCAAACUGUAGCUCACUGUAACAUUCCAUGUCAAGCUUUGCAUAACGCCUCCUCGGCCGGCAUAGGCAUAGCACCCUACUCCUCUUCAGUCCCCAAACUAACAACAAGCACAUUGCCGCUGCCACUGAGCAAUCUUCCAAACGUGCAUCACUGCGCGACACCAACAAAAGCCGUCCCUCUGUACUCGUUUCGAGCCGCGCCGCCAUACACGCCUCCCUCUCAGGCGCCCUUGAAUGCUCAGGAUAAGAGGGGCAUUCGACUACCGCCUCCCGCACCGCCGCCGCCGCCCUACACGCCACGUAAAAAAGGAAACGACCCGCCGGAGGCUGCAGUCCGACCGCCUGCGCUCAAGACAGAGAACAAGGCCAACGAGAAGGAGAAAGACGAGGAGAAAGAAGCUGCAAAAUGCGCAGACACGCCGAAAGUCUGCGAGGGAGCUAGCUCUCCUAAGCACAGGGCUAAAACUCCACUAGUUUGUGUGGCAAAAGCAGAAAAGCCAUCCACUCCCGCCAAGGCCUGUUUUAAGCCCAGCUGUCUCAGCUCAGCCCAGGCUCAGCUUGGGGUACUACACAAAAUGCUCUGUGCGGGAUCCAACGCUCCCAACAGCCAACGCGUUCUCCCUCCAAACCAGCAGGGAUGUUCUGGGGCCAAGGGUUGUGUCGUUUCCGGGGAGAAAGCCCUGAGUCCCACCCAAGCUGACACGCUGAGACAGGUCCAGGAGAUUCUGGGAGGUUUAAUGUCCGGGGCCAGGUGUAAGUUGGACCCGGCCCGAGUUACAGAGAAGCUCUUGGGCCCCAACGGGCCCUUGCAUGACAUUCGCAGCCUGCAGAACCAUCUCCACAGUCUGGAGGGAGUCCUGGAGACCAGCCAGAAUACGAUCAAGAUCCUACUGGAUGUCAUUCAAGAUUUGGAGAAGAAGGAGGCUGAGCGAGACGGAAGACAUUCAUACCGAACCGGUCAGGACAUUGAGAACUGCGGGACCUGCAGGGACUGCGCGUGCAUCAUCUACAGCGUCGAACACGACUUUCGUCUUCAGGAAGGGCAGGUGGUCCGCACGUGGAAGGUGGGCGAUCCUCCCGAGGGUUCGCCGCAGACUUCAUCCCCUCCGUCCAGCACGCCCAGCCAACAGGACUCCCCCCAGGCCGUGCGCCCCGUUGCACCCAGCAAGAAGAACAGGAAGAAAUGCUUCUGGUUCCUCUGAAAAAGAAAAAAAAAAAAAAAAAAGAGAGUUUUGCAACUGCAAUACUCCCGUGGACGGCUGAUUUCAUGAGCGACCCAGAGGACGAUGACAUGCCAAUAUACAAAAGGGGAAAUAAAACUGUGGGACGAUGAAACAAAGGUUGAGAUUUGAGCGCCUUUUUGUUGGGUGGUGACGACAAAUUGACAAUGCCUCGAUGUGCUUUUAGAGCUCUCCAAAAAAA